GAACUAUAGAUAGUUAGAUCAUUCGAUGGUCGUGUUCGCUAGGAAUGAUGAUUUAGAGAAUUUUAAAGAGGAAUUAAAUGUUAGCAAGAUGAAGACUAUGUACUUAAGAUUCCUUCUGUGUACCAUUUUGCCAAUUUUCGUGAUACCAAAGGACCCAGGACAUAUAUUUUAUGGAGGCUCUAUCAGCUAUUAUCUUACGAAGUUAUCCACAGGAAAUGUGUCUGCUACAGUUGAGCUUAUCACUGGUUGGCAGUUAGGUAAAGGCCCAUGUGGCCCAAAUUGUUCCAAAGCAAGUAUCGGUAAAUCAACGUUACCAUAUCGUACACUCGUUGAAAGAGAUAAUGACGAAUACUUCGGGAAUUUUACAACGGAUUACAAGCUACAGACCGUACAGGCAAAGCAAGAAAUUCGUCUAAUGAACUCAAUUGUAAAAGCUAACAUGACUGAGACUGUAAUUGCAGUAAGUGAAAACGCUCAAUGGGAGCAAGAACUCAUGACAUUUUCGUUUGAGUUGCUUCAAAACACAACCCACGAAGAUCUGAAUUUCGACGGCAAAUUCUGGCGACAUUUGACCUUUAGCAAUUCAUCGUCUGCUUGGCAUCUACAAACAAGAAUUCAACCCGGAAUACGGAACGACACGGGUGAACAAAACCACUGCCCAGUGGUCCUCACAAGACCAUUCUACAGUCAGACGACUAAAAUAGAUCUUCCAGCGAUUGAUGAUGAUGGUGAUUUCGUGAAAUGCAAGGGCUCACAAUAUAUAGAAAUUGGAGAAUUAGAUCCAGCCAAUGGAACGAAUGUUUCGGAGGAAUGCUCCAUUGCCAUUAAUGCAUUCGAAUCCAAUGGGUACAAAAACGAUACAUGGAUAGCUGUUGCAAUUAAUGUCAAGGACUACCCGAAAACAGCUAUUUUAUUUGGAGAUAAAAUGCAGUCAUCCAAAUUUUCAAUGUGUACAACUGCAGCUCAACUUCUUAUAAAUGUCCUGGAUCAUUUAGUCACCCCAGUCUUUGUAAGCCCAACGCUAGAGGACAACCAUGUCUUUGUCAUAUAUGUCGGUGCUAUGUGGGCAACGGACGUUUAUGCACAAGCGCCAAACACAACAAUUGACGAGUUCACAGUGACAGGAAGACGUCAGGAAGGUAUACAUGUAUCUUCAUUGAGGAACCACAAUGAAAUAGGCCAUCUUGUUAGAUCGGUGCAGUUAUCUUGGAUCCCGGAUAACAAAUAUUCGGAACACAUUAUUUGUGUUACCGCUGUUGAUACUUACGGCGUCGAGUCCGGGCAACAACGUUGUUUUAUAAUCGAUCUUAGAACACAAGUAUUCAACUACACCUUAACACCAAGACAGGAUAAGCCAUAUUUUUUGGACGUACCUUCAACAGAAGAUUUGAUAAAAUGUCCGGCGGAAGCAACAUGCAUUAUUCCAAUUUUUGUGAAAUCAAUCAGAAAUGUUACCUUCGCCAGUAUUAUAGAAAGUUUCAUGGACUAUGCGGCAAUUGGACCAAUCCAAAGAGUUCUACGCAACGGAGAAUACGUUUAUCAAUUUGAUUUUUCAUUUCGACAUUCGUUGUAUGAAAAAAUGCACUUGUGUUUAGAAGCUUCUGAUGAUACAGGCAUGAAAACAGAACAAUUAUGUUUUAAGACGUCAAUAGAGCCGCCAGACCCGUGCUUUAGUUCUCCUUGCAAGAACAGCGCCAAAUGUCAGCAGAGAAACAAUUCUUCUGGAUUGUUCGAUUGCUUAUGCAAAGAUGGUUAUAACGGAAAGUAUUGCGAAAAUGUACCUGCUGUCUGUACCCCAAACCCUUGCAUUCACGGGACAUGCUUUGAUACACAGAUACCAUUUUUUUGUUACUGUUCAGACGACGGUGUGAAUCCAAAUAAUUAUUCCGGCGACUUAUGUGAAACAAAAAUAGAUGACUGUGCAACAAAUCCGUGCAACAAUCACAGUAUGUGCAUAGAUGGUGUCCUCAGUAGUAAAUGUGAAUGUUUAACGAGAUAUAAUGGGACCGACUGUAGAGAAGAUUUAUGCCCUACAUCCAACAGUUCAUCAACCUGCAGCGACAACAGUGGAUGCUCGCAGUUAUGCAGAAACUCUGGAGUCUGUUUUAAAGGCGAGUGCAAAUGUACUGUAGGAUUCACCGGCCCCGCAUGUGAAUACCGUGUGGGAAACGUUUCAGCGAUCUUAAAUUCCGUAUCUUUUGUACCCCCAACUCCAAAAAGCGGUGGCAUUAUCGUAUGUUCGGUCAAGAAUACAACUAUUAUCGCAUGUGGCGUGCAGAUAUAUGUGGCUUCUAAAACGGGUCUGGUACCCCUAGUGACCAUGUCGGCUUCGGAUGACAUACGUAAAGCAAGCACUGUCGGCCCGACUGUGCGACAAGAUCUCUUUCAAGGUGUCGAUAAUGUGUUUACAAGUUAUGUGACGAUAAAGGGACGGCCACAAGAAAUGAACGGGCAUUAUGUUUGUAUAACAGCUACGGAUAGUUCAAAUAGUACAAUGAAUGAUACUACCUGUUACCAGCUGAAAUUUGAUUUAAACGGAGGACUAAAUCCGAUGCCGCAGGUACACUUUGUUGAGCCUGCACCACAAACAGACAGUACAUUUGUUUGUUACAUCAAUGAAAGAUGCAGUGUGAUUUUGUAUACCAACAAUGUUACUAAGUGUAAACAUGUUGUCAGCGCUGGUGUCAAGUUUACGGUCUUCGCUCCUUUGGACAAUAAAGAUGGCCGGUGUGUUACAGAAGUCAUGAUUUCAACAGAAACUAUUGACGACUUUACUGGAUGCUUCAGAUCAACAGAAUCCAACUAUGAAGAGCGAUGUUUCCAGUUUAGCAUUAUUGACAAGAACACAGAUCCAUGCGCCAGCUCCGGUGACAUUAUUCAUGGUUACUGUCAGAACCAUGGCAUUUGCUUCACAACCGGUCGGACUGAUUACCAAUGCUUUUGCAACGGUGAAGGCUAUACGGGCAAAAACUGCUCAAAGGGUCCGUGCGUACCAGAAGACAAUAAAUGUAGCACAAAUGGCUACUGUAUCACAGAUGAUCAUGUCAUAACAUGUAUGUGUAAAAACGGGUUUACUGGAGACACUUGCGAUACAGAUAUCGGCGGUACUUUUGCGCCUUCGAUUACUGAUGGGGCAAGAUUCAUAAAUACCGGAAAACCAAAGGAAGUGAACUGCAACAGGAAAUUUUUAUGUGGUACAUAUGCGAGUGUGGGUGGCAGCUUCAAAGCCGGAGAGAGACCAGUUGUGAACGUUGGAUACGUGAGCCCUGAACUUGAAAUAAAAGACUUCAAGACUAUCAGUCAAAACUCGUCUACAACUCUUUUCCAAACAUUUGUUACAUUUAUGCCAAAAGAAGAGGGAACGUUUGACUUGUGUCUGCAGACCUUGAAUAAUGCACGUGUCAACAAAGACGAAACAUGCUUUGUAGUUCGCGUAACGGAAGGCACAGAUACUGUUUACGGCUUACUGGAAAAUCCCCACUUUGUGUACCCGAGUUUACAACCUGAUUCGAUAGUUGAAUGUAAAUUUGGAACGGAAUGCCACGUGAUGUAUACCGUUACGCCUGGGAAAGGCCACUCUCAGGAAUGCAUAGACUUCAAGGUUGGAAUACCAGAAACCGAGAAGAGUCACGUGUUUACCACGUGUCGCCCUUGUGUCGAUGGUAACGUGUCAAACCAUGAGUGUCAACCGGUCAGUGCCCCUCGAGUGUGUUUGUCUCUUCAGAUAGCCACAUCCGGCUUGAAAGGCGAAGAGAGAUGUUUCAGCGUAUCUACUAUCCCAGCAUUGGAUGCAGGCAAGAAAGGCUGUCAGUUACUCGAAUGCCAGAACAACGGUUUCUGUGAUGGGCAUGAUCCCACUCACCCAACGUGCUUCUGCAGACCUGGAUUUUCUGGAAGAAAUUGUCAAACAGAUUUGAAAAUUCCAAACGGUGGAUGUCAAAACACGUUUAUGACAGUACCUGCUACAACCGAGAUCGAGUGUUCAUUUGAGAACUGCACUUAUCCAUUUCAAGCAUGUCGAGAUAGCUCGGUAGUAAUAAAAUCUGGAUUUUUAUCCCCACAACUUGAUGUUUACAUCCCUUUUGCGGCCGGCUCAUCGCCCAUGACAUGCGAGUGUAAAACAGUCACUACAAGCAUAGUAUCGUCUUCUACGGGAAGAUUCAGUUUCUGUCUUCAAUUGACAGACAGAAAUGGGUUUGUUCAUGAUGAAAUUUGCCCGAGUGUGGUAGUAAAAGGAGCAUAUGCUACAAAUGAAGUUGAUAAGGAUAAACCCUUCUUUAUAACACCAACAUUGCCCACCGGAUCUUCGGUUUUGUGCGAGGUCUCUUCCGUUUGUCAGCUGACAGUCUAUUACACUGAUGGAGCAAAAUUUGGUUCAUCACAAGUAUGCCCGAGUCUCAAGCAAUCACGUUUUAAUCUGCUGGACGGACUUCAUAUUUUCCCGCCCACCCACAUGACAAGGGACUGCAAGAAUGAGAUAACGUAUCAACCACAGGAAAAUAUAACAGCAGGACAGACCCGUCUACUCUGCCUCAGUGUUCCGUCCCUGGCAAACAAGGAGAAGAAAGAUGUUUUAGAUUUAAAUUCGUUAAGAACAUCACAGAGGAAGUAAAACAUCCAUGCAAAGGAGUGACAUGUUUUGGGCAUGCAGUUUGCAUCGCAGAUCAACAAAUGAAAACUGGCACAUGUGUCUGUCCGAAAGGAUUUAAUGGCGAAAAUUGCACGACAGACAUCAGAUGUAACUUUGACAAUGACACC